AUGGCGCCAAACAUUCCCUCGGCCAAAAUAACCCUCUCCUGUCCCCUAUUCGCAGCCGAUUUCGACCCACGCAACCAUGCUUUUCUCCUCGUUGCCGGCGGCGGCGGAGAAGGCCGCAGCGGAGUGGGAAAUAAGAUUACCCUCCUAAACGCCUACAAACGCCGCGAGCUCAGCGAAGUCGUCGACAUCGAAUUGUCGCGGGAUGAGGAUUCAGUGACCUCACUGGCUGCCGCGCACGCGAAUGACUCCUCGAUCGUUGCUUUCGCGGGUAUAAACAGUUCCCUCGCUCAGCAGAAACAAAAUAAGAACCGCCACCUACGAUCAUUCCAGAUCGACUACCCUCCACGACGCGAGGUCACAGAAUCCAAACCCCCGAGACAGAAUAAACCAGGGCAAACUAUCAACUUGUCUCAAGAGUCUCUGUUCCGCACUGUCGCCGGACCGAAGGGGCCAGGUACAUAUCAGAGGAUCACUCGUCUGUCGCCGUGGAGGAGCGAAGACGCCCCCCGCGUAGGUGCAAUUACGACGGGGUUGGCUCCGGCGGGCGAGGUUGUGUUCUUCAACGCCAGCACGACCAAGCCCGGAGAGGAAGACGUUAUUGGGCGGAUACGAUUGGACAGUGGCGAAGAGGCGGAGGACAUCGAUAUAACAGAGCAAGAUGCAGAUUCUGGGUUAUUCGAGGUGGUCUAUACUAAUGGCACGGAUGUCUUCAUAACUCGUAUCUCCUCCGAGACGAGAUCCAAUACCGCUCCUGAUGUGAAAUCUGUAUACUCCAUACCGGCAAACACUUCGGGCAAGGGACCGAAGCCGAAAUUCCGCGCGCUGAGGUUCGUCACACCCUCGACUAUUCUGUUGCUCCAAAACGAACCAGACCGCAAGGGCAGUCAACUCGUUCUGCUCGACCUGCGCUCUUCCCCAGCUAAGGUGCUCCGCCGAUAUAAGCUCCGCACGUCAAUCAAGAUUGGUCUAGGCCUAGACGUAUGCAAUCUUGCCCCAGGGCCCGCCUCGGGCAUUCAACAAUCGAUCAUAGCUGUCUCCGGCAGUGACCAAUCUUUGGAAAUCCUCACCCUCAACUGGGAUUCGCGGGGCCCUAACUCCUCAUCCAGAGGGUUCUCCUCUUUGCGGAGAUACCUUACUCUCCGCGACGUCCAUCCGUUCUCCAUGACAAGGAUAUGCUUCUCCAAUUUCAUCCCGCCAGCUCACCCCGUCACUCCAGAGACACCGCCACAAUAUGUCAAACUGGCCUCUGUAAGCAUGGGCAACACUGUCGUCGUACACACUUUCGCUCUCUCACCCACGCCACCCCGAAGUCGAAACCCGCACUACGUCCUCGUCAGACCCGGCGAGAACGAGACCUUAACAGCAAUCGGUAGCACGCUCACAGCCUUUCUCUCCAUCGUCUUCGUCAUCUUCCUUGUCCAGGCCUUUACAGAGAUCAGGGGUGUUAUGCCGCCCUAUCUCGGUAUUUCGGAGUACUUACCAUCUGAUAUUCGUGACGCCAUCGCGGUACCAUAUAAUAUGCCACCUCUUCCUUCUUCAUCCCUUGCGCCGUCACUCGAGACUCUAAAAACAUCAAACACACCUACCGAGUCCAGAUCCGAAUCCGAACUUCACCCGCUCCUCCGCGACCUCAUUCCAGACUCAGGAUCCUCCCUCCUAAUAAGUUGCAACCCGUCAAACAACGCCCUCCGUGUCGAGCCGCACACCCCUGAUUCAGGUUCAAGACUCGCCGAGGAAGCCUUAGAGUCGGAGUCGGAUUCGGAUUCGCACUCCCAUGUCCCUCGGGUAUGGACCGAUCUCCCAGCCGAGGAUCGUCUGACUUGGAAGACACGGCUCAUCAACGCGGGAUUCUGGAGUGUGCAGGAGGAUGAGGACGAGUCGAUUCUUGAGAAUAUUUUCUUUGAGGAGUUGUGUCCGCAACCCCAGUCUAGUUCUGACUGA